ACCAUUUUUGACAUGGACAGUGGCCAUCAACACCACGCGUACCCGUUCAUAUCGCACACCUGCAACGACUGAACGAACCCGCGCUUUUCCGUCCAGUCUCUCGCGAAUCUCAUAUCUCCGACACAAUGGCCGACGACAGCAAAAUGCAAAUCAUGCGCCAGGUGCAGCAAGAAGCCGCCAUGCAGAACGCGCGCAUGCUUGUCGAAAAACUCAACGAACACUGCUUCGAGCGCUGCGUCCCCAAGCCCGGCACCUCGCUCUCCAGCGGCGAAGAGGGCUGCUUCAAGAGCUGCAUGGAGAAGUACAUGAGCGCGUGGAACACGGUGAGCAAGCAGUAUGUUGCAAGGAUACAGAGGGAGAGCGCGAGUGGCGGGUUGAGUCUGUGAAGGUCAAAGGACGAGAUGGUUGGUCAGCUGGGAGGGAGGGCCGGGGAAUGAAGAGGGCUGCUGUGGUGGCUCCUGAUGCAAGAGAAGGCAGCCACUGUACAACACAUGGCGCACAUCUGAAGCGGUGCAUGGAAGAUGACUCCAGAAGGCGCGUGUGGGUACGGCUGGAAGCCAUGUAUCAUAUUGUACAAUCAAGAAAGACCUAUGUUAUGUACUCCGGUACA